AUGUCGACCGAUGUUGUACUUGAGACCACGAUGGGCGCCAUCACCGUCGAGCUAUACAACGAGCACGCGCCCAAGACAUGCAAGAAUUUCUCCACACUAGCACAGCGAGGGUACUACAACAACGUCAUCUUCCACCGCAUCAUCCUGGACUUCAUGGUGCAGACGGGCGAUCCGACGGGCACUGGACGCGGCGGAGCCAGCAUUUACGGCGAGAAGUUCGCAGAUGAGAUUCACGCCUCGCUCAAGCAUACCGGCGCCGGCAUCUUGAGCAUGGCCAACAGUGGCAAAGACACCAACGGCAGCCAGUUCUUCAUCACCUUGGCUCCGACCCCGUGGUUGGAUGGGAAACACACCAUCUUCGGGAGGGUCAAGAGUGGCAUGAAGGUCGUCCAGAGGAUGGGUCUGGUCAAGACGAAUAGUGAUGAUCGUCCCUUGGAGGAGGUCAAGAUCAUUCGUGCCAAGAUCCUCGAGGCUGCUGAGUCGGAUUGA